GUACCCGGUCUGUCAUUGUUUCUGACGGGCAUGUGUUGGAUACUCAAGCAUUUUGUUGUAGUGUAAUUGUUUUCAGAGGAUAAAAUAUACAACUAUAAACCAGGGAGAUUAUUUAUAAUGUCUCUUCCAUCUUCAAACCCCGCCAAUCCGAUAGUUUUCUUCGACAUUACCAUCGGAGGGCAGGAUGUUGGGCGGAUGAAGAUUGAGCUGUUUGCUGAUGUGGUUCCAAAGACAGCGGAGAAUUUCAGGCAGUUCUGUACUGGAGAGUUCAGAAAAGAUGGAGUACCUAUUGGAUUUAAGGGAUGUACAUUCCACAGGGUCAUCAAAGACUUUAUGAUCCAAGGUGGAGACUUUGUAAAUGGUGAUGGCACAGGUAUCUGCAGUAUCUACAGAGGUCCGUUUGUGGAUGAAAACUUCAGAUUAAAGCACAAUGCACCCGGUCUGCUGUCUAUGGCCAACAGUGGCCCAGGGACAAAUGGCUGUCAGUUCUUCAUUACCUGCACCAAAUGUGACUGGUUAGAUGGAAAACAUGUUGUUUUUGGAAAAGUGGUUGAUGGUUUGCUGAUCAUGAGAAAAAUUGAGAAUGUUCCUACAGGACCCAACAACAAGCCCAAACUGCCCAUUCUCAUCGCACAGUGUGGAGAGAUGUAAACCUGCCUUCAUGACAAGUAAUGAAGGCCUGACACAGUCAUUAAAUUGAAUUUCAGGGAUGCAAACUCAUCUUCAGGCUACAGAAUGCCUUCAAUAAAGAUAUAAAAUUCAGAACACAUACAUACAGAGAUGUUCAAAGUCAAGCAUUUCAGUACAAUAAAUGACAUUAAUCUUGGAGCAGUAAAAUUAAUUAGUUCCGACGUGAGUUUUUUUCUUUAUCUUGAUGCGGAAAUUGAAAGUAAAUUUACUCAAGUUUUCAAAAAUUUACAUUUGUUUCACCAUUUUUAUUCCUGAUGAGUUUGCAGCCUUGAUGUUUUGACUGCAAUGAAACUCACAAAAUGGGAGCAGAAGAAAACUUAUAAAUGGUGCAGAUGUCAGGGUUUGUGUUUGGUUUAUGGAGAGUUUAGGUCCUGAGAUGGCUUUUUUAUCACUGAGUUUUUAAAAUGAUUCAGAGUUUAUGUUUUCAUACAGUAAUUAACAGAAGUACACUUAUGUUCAUGUACUUAAAGGUGUUAUGAAUGGUAAACAGUAACCCUGUGGGUAUCAUUGGAAAUCAAUAAAUACUUUUAUCAUUUUUGUAAA